GCAAAAUUGACCAAAACAAACUUUGUAAACAAACAGCAAUUUCUUGCAAAAAAACCCAAAUUGUAAAUCGUCGCGAUCGUUGAACAUGGUGUACGAUAGUUAGAACCCUUUUUCCCACUUUUAUCCAGCCUCCCCAGUAUGGCAUUAAAGUUUGAUCAUCGAAGAACCAUGCGGGGCAUUUGCAAGUGCCCCCAUUGCGGAACGUUCAACGGGUGUCGUGCGUUAAUAUGUAAAAACCCAGCCUGCCAGCAAAAGCUUAAGGAAAAUCCGGAGCGACCGGCUGCGAAAAGCAGCUCAACCUCUGCAGCAAUUGCGGUGCAACUGAUGCAACCCGAGGGCGAUGCAAAUGGUCGUCUGUACAGUGUAUGCCAUCGGGACGGAUCGCGAACCAUCGUCCAUUCGACUGUGGGUGCCGAUGGAACGAUUGGAUCUCUCACUACCAUCCACGGUGCGGAUAUUGCUGAUAAAGAGAGCAUAAAACGAACCAUUUCAUGUUGUAAAGCAACGGCGGAACCGCUGCCAUUGCUACAGGAAACAAUCAAUUCACUCGCCGUAUCGGAACAGGAAAAGCUUUCCUUGUGGGAAAGACGCUCCCAUUCCGGUGGUCCAUUGGUUCAGCGUGUGAACAACGAUUCGUUCGUCGUUGGCCACUGGCAAGCAGCGUACGGAUUGUGCCAUGUUGUGGCAUUGAAAAGAAACCAAAAGUACACGCAUUUGCAGUGCGAUUGUCAGACGGAGGGACUGCAUAAAUCAUCUCCCACUGUAUGCUGGCACAUACGCGCGGUGGCAGCUGGUUUGCUAAGCGCACCGUUCAAAUACGGCGAUCGAUGGAGUGCCGUGCUGCAACCAUUCGUUACCCAGCCACCCGAGACUUCGGUUCUUUCGAGCGAGUAUCUUCUGGCGCCGAAUGCUGACGACCGGGACGACGAUCGGUUCAUAUCCGUGCCCAGCGAACACGUCGAAAUGCAAUCGAUGCUAAACUCGACGAUGAUGGAACUGUUUAGCGAUCAACAAAUCGGCGAUAUGCAGAUUUACGAGACGUCCAGCAGUCUGUCCCCCGCCACCUACAUACCGGACAUGUUUGCCGGUGGAGAAGAGAGCCUCCAUCUGAUGGACUGUCAGAUCGAACUGAUGGACGAGCUGGAUCCCACCGAUCGUAUCGAUUUCUGUCCUUCGUUUAUCGAGUGUGAGGAUAGUCUUCCCGUGCCCGACGCGGAACAAAAUUCCCCUGUGCCGGAAGAAAAUGUUGUUCGGAUUACGGCGAAAAAAGGUGCGCUCAAGCGGGGUGGCCGGUUGGCCCGUGAGAAGCUUGUCCGUGGAAGCUACAGCGUACGGAAGCUGAUGAGAGCGCUCGAAUCGAAUGGGAUUAUUUUUAAUCGCAUGCAACACCCGAAUGCGGCGGAUAAUGGGCCGGCGCUACCCGGUUACGAAGCAACGCAGUGUAAUUUGUCUUUCACCUGCUGGCUAGAGUCGGUAAUUGAGCAGCUUAACUCGGUGAUCGAUUACAACGCGGCUGGCAAACCGGCGGUACAAUCGUUUCGCAUACACGAAGAUUUUUUCCGCUGUUUGCGGGCCCGCUUCUCCGUUGGCCAUCGAUUAAGGCAACCCGUACUGGAACCCGAGACGAUAGAAACGAGCCGGUCUUCACAGCUGUACAAAUUUACGCACCACAAAAGUUUGCUGCACGUGUUCCGAACGGAUAGGAUUGAGCUUUGCUUCGAGAAGCGGUUCACACGUGGGCCGGACGAUCGGUACGUGCCGACGAUCGGGACGGACGAUGGUGAGGAGCUGGAUGGGCAGGCGAUUCCCAUACGACCGCACUGUUACCGCACCUACAUCAAGCUGGGUCGCUACAGACAUGAACCGGACCCGGACCGGGUGUAUCACUUUUCGCUCGAGUGGAUUGCCGGUGUUCUUCCGCGCAGUGGAUUUGGCGAGCUUCGGAUAUCGUUCGAGUAUGGGCAUCGGAUGAACAAGCAGUACAUGGAACCGCCGCCACAGCCGUAAACGUGCAAUUGAAAUGUAUUCGUCCUGAUACGAUGAUGCCUUUGCUAUUACACCACCACACACGCUCGCACGGGAUCAUGUGCGAGGGGACGCGUUGCUAGGAUAACCAAUAAAUAGCGCAGCCUGCUAGGUCUGGAGA